AUGGUGAAAACGAUGAAAAUGAUAAGAUUAAUGGAGAUCGUGGAAUCAACUGAAAUGACGAGAACAACGGAGAUAGACAAAACCAUGAAAAGGAUCGAAACGAUAGCGAUCUUGAAAUCAACGGAAAUGAAUAAAACAAUGGAAAUCGCACAAAUCACGAAACCGAUGAACACAAUGGAAGAAGUGGAAACAAUAGAGAAGUUCGAUUCUGGAAUCAACGGAAAUGAAUACAACGAUGGAAAUCGCACAAAUCCCGAAAAUGACGAAAACGAUGGAAAUUAUGAAAACGAUGGAAAUCUUACAAACGAUAAAACUGACGAAAACAAUGGGAAUGGUAAAAUUGAUGAAAAUCGUGAGAUUCACGAAGAUCAUGAGAACGAUGGGAAUGUAGAGAAAGAUGGGAAUCGUGAAAUCGAUCCAACUAGUAAGAGUGACGAAAACGACAAUUAUGAUGAAAACCAUGAAAAUUGCACAAAUGACGAAAAUGAUAAGAACAAUCGACGAAGUGAAGACGAUGGAAAUGAUGAAAACUAUGAAACUGGUCGAAUCGAUGAAAAUGAUAGAAAUGACGAGAGCAAUGAAAAUCGUGGAAUUAACGUAACUAGUAAAAACGUCGAGAAUGGUACAAAAGAUGGAGAUCAUAAACACGAUGGUAAUCGUGAAAUUCACAAGAAUCAUGCAGAAAAUGAAUCAUAUGAAAACAAUGAAAAUCGUAAAAUCGUUGAAUUGAUGGAAAUCGGGAAACUGACGGAAAUGGUGAGAGCCGUGUUCAUUGUUGUCACCUCUAUGAAGGUCUUCUCAACUAUUCUCGAUCUGAUUUUUCCUGUGACCUCGGUGGGUACGCUGCUUCUUCAGGGUGGAGAAAACGGUCGGACAGCUACCUAUAACCGUAGUGGAAUGAGCACUGUACCUCCAGAAUUCGCGAAUAAAGGUGUAGACAGCGAUCGAAUAACCACUCAGAACUGCAGUGGACUGAGCGCUAAGCAACCAGAGUUCCAGGGCAGGGAUGCGGAAAGCGAUUGA